AUGGGGAAAUCUGAUAAAGCCCAAAAGCGGGACUCUAAGCAGAAAAAGCAAGAGUCGAAGCAAAUCACACCUGCUGAAAAAGAAGAGGUAGUUGAAUCAAAGCAAGAAGAGUCUGAAGAAUCCUCAGAUGAAGAGGAUGCCUCCGAUGCUGAUUCAGGCCUUGAAGAUGACUUUGAAGUAGCCGAUGUUUCUUCCGACGAAAGCGAAGAUGGAUCGGGAGACGACGAGGAAUCCGAUGACGAAUUUCCUUUGAGAAAAAAGAAGAAAACAAGUAACGAUGGUGGCGACCAGUUUGCCAGUGCUUUCAACGCCAUCAUUGGCUCCAAGUUGAAGGCUUACGACAGAAAAGACCCUAUUUUGGCCAGAAACAAAUCCACUCUUAAAAAGUUGGAAUCUGACAAAUUAGAAAAGAAGGCAAAGCGUGAAUUGCUUGCCGAAAAGAGACAGAUCCAAGACAAGGUUCGUGUCCGUAACCUUCUUCCCGCUGCCAGUGAGCCAGAGAAGGUACGUGAGAUUAUUGAGAAGGAGAAGAAGCUUAAGAAGGUUGCCCAGCGAGGCGUGGUGAAGUUGUUCAAUGCUGUCUUGGCAACCCAGGUCAAGACGAAGGAGGAAAUGGGUAAGACCAAGGUUUCUUCAGGCAAGCAAGAAGAAAUGUUGAAUGAACUUUCGAAAUCUAAGUUUUUGGACCUUGUCAAGGCUGCAGGUAACACUUAG